UUUCACUCGGACCGGGGCGAAGUGCGGUCGUGUGUUCGCCCGGUUUCAUGAGAAAAGCCGCGCGAAUUUUUUUGUUCCCUCCCACCGUCUGUAAUUAAAGUGCUGUGACUGUUAUGUGACUUUGAUCAUCCGACGGCCGGCAUGCGGGCUCCCGGGCUCCGCACCGCCGCCCUGCUGCUGCUGACGCUCGGCGCCUCCGCCCGCCGGCAGCCGCCGCCGCCCAACCUGUGCGACAUCAGCGACCGCGACUCCAAGGUGCACUGCUACUGCGAGACCAGCCAGGACCUCAACCAGGCCACCAAGACGGAGUGCUGGGUCUUCAAUGGCGGCAUCGAAAAAUCAGACCCUUUUUGGAGCAGCUUCGGCUCGCAAAUGAAUAUUGAGACCUUAGGGUUUAAUGUCAGAACUGAUGGGGGAUUAGAAUUUGUACCCACUAAAGUGCUGCGGUAUCUAAGAAGGCUCAAACAGUUUAACAUAAAACACAGUGCGAUAAAGAAGAUCGACAGCUACACGUUCGCCAAUGUGACGUCCGUGCAGGAAAUGACGUUAACCAAGAACCAAAUAGUGAAGUUGAACCGACACGCCUUCUAUAAUCUGCCGAACUUGACUGUGCUCACUCUAGACGAGAACAGAAUUAGUGAACUAGUGACUGAGACGUUCUACGAACUGCCGUCGCUGCAGAAACUUUACCUAACUAGUAAUAACAUUAGUGUAAUACAAGGCGGAGCGUUCCGACAUUUAGUCAAUUUAGUCGAUCUAGAGUUGGAUAGGAAUAACAUAAGUGAUUUGAAGAAAGAGUGCUUCGACGGACUGGCGAAUCUGAAGCGUUUGGAUUUGCGGAAAAACCAAUUGACUGUGUUGAACUCUUUCACGUUUACCGAGCUGUGGAAUUUACAGGAACUAUUGUUAGAUUAUAAUAGUAUUUACGCGUUGGCGCAGAGGACAUUUGACGGGCUUUCUUUGUUGAGGAAGCUGAGUUUGAGUAACAAUAAGUUGGUGUCGCUGGUGGGCGGUCUGUUCGAGGGCGUGCGCGGGCUGGCGAGCCUCGACCUGCGGAACAACAGGCUGCAGCGGUUCACCAUCGACAACCUGCGGCCCAUCUACGACAACUUGAAGAAUCAAAACAGCCUUCUUUAUUUGGAAGGCAAUGACUUCGAGUGCGACUGCCACCUAGCAUGGAUGCAUCGACUCAGGCACGAGGCGCGUUCGGUGCGGCUGCGGACCUCGCUCGAGAGGUUCGUGUGCAAGGCCGCCGGGCCGCCGCCGCCCAACUCACACUACUUCUACGAGCGCAACAACAUCGGCGCCAACCUCUACGAAGUCGAAGACAAGAGCGACCUCAAGGAGUACCCCGAAGACGUGGACGAGUUCCACGAUGAGUUAGACGAGGUCGACACGAAGCCGCGCGCCGCGGGAGAGAACGAGAGGACGCUACUGCAGAUACCAGUGGAAGCCCUGCCCUGCCCGCAGCUCGUGAAGACAGUCACAGACAGAACCUUCACGCAUCCCUCGCAGAACGAGGUCAAGGAUUACAGGAACAUGAUCCAUACCUCGAGCGCGUUUACAGUCCACGCGAGUUUCACCCUUAUACUCGUCGCAGUAGUACGGGUUGUGCGAUGAAAUUCGUGCAGCAGCGAGUGUGGAGCUCGCCGUCUCUUGGACCAUUUUGUAUAAAGUCUUCACGACCCAUGAAGUUGUACAAUAUCUAAAAGAUGUAAAUAUAAAUAGACUCAUAAUUUCGGCCCCCUAAUUAAACGAAUGUGAUAUAAUUUAAAUAUAUUACAUACAUACAUUACUGUUAUAAUAUGUGAAUCUAAGAGAUUUUGCGAGACCUGUCGUUUUGGAAUCAUCUAUAAAAUUGUUGAUUGUUUUCCAUUUCUUUAUGUAAAUCUCUAUAAUACCUUAUUUCUGUACAUACUAAUUAUAAUGAUUAUUUAUUUAUCUAUGAAUGGUGUUAUUACAGUAAUGAAUCUUCAUGAUAGUAUAUAAUUUGUUAUACAAAUCUGAGGUUGUGCUAAGAUAUUUAGAUUUUCAGUUGAAACUGAAGACUUUCAAAGUUAUAUUAAAAGCCUAUUUUAGUCUACCAUUUCGAAACAUAAAUUGGAAACAUUUCGACUUUAAUUAACGAGGCACAAAUGAUCAAACCAACUCAUGUUUACAACGAAUACCUAAUGGACUUGAGGCUAUUUAAUUCUCUAUGUUUUGAGGAAGUUUCAUGAUAUUAUUUUUAUAUUAAUAUGUUUACAGUAUACAUUAUCUCAUGAAAUAAUUCAAAAUUGCGUUAUUUUUGUAAUUACCUACAAGUACAGAAUGUGAGAGUGAACUUGAAUGUUUUUUUAAAGUAUUUUACGUUUUAAUCAAAUGGCCUCAUGAGAUAUUAAAUGGUAAAUAGGUACUCAAUUAACCCAUGUUUAUCGUUAAACUCGAGAAAAAGUGUAAAUAUUUGUAAAUAACUUUGAAUAAUUAAUUAACGUGUUGUUACUUUGAAUUAAAAUAAAUAUACCUACUUAUUUGUCAUAAAUCUUCUCUGUUCAAACAUAAAAUAAAGUAUGGAUUUAUUUGUAAAUGGACUUAAUUAAUUUAAUUAAAGAUUGA